AUGAACACAUUCAUCCACUAUCACACUCUCGAUCUCCGUAUCCAUGACUCCCCAUCCUUACAUAUAUCCCACCAACCCAAUAACCCCUCAACGCAUUUCUUGCCUUUGUACAUAUUCGAUCCUCGUCAAUUAGACUUAUCCCACUUACCCAAUGCACCUAAAUCACCUUCCCCCCAUUCGCUCAACUCCGCUUCGCACCAAGAUCCAUCAGCUCGAUAUGAUCCAAAACAAAGUAGAUGUUCACCUUUAUCGAGAGUAGGGGGAUUUCAUCGUACUUCGCCUUAUAGGCUGAAAUUCCUAUUGGAAGCUGUAUUCUCCCUUAGAGAAUCAUACAAGGCUUCAAGAGGCGAUAUGUUGAUAGCCUAUGGACUACCGGAAGUUAUCCUUCCUAAGAUCGUAGACAGUCUAAAAGCUUAUGGAGGGGUGGAAGGGAUAUACGCUCAGAGAGAAUAUACUUUAGAAGAAAUAUCGAAUUAUAGAAGAAUCAACAAUGCCCUCAACAAUGAAGAAAUACGCUUCAACGAAAGUAAGACUCUUAUACCACCUUCACAUCUCCCUUUCAACCCCGAGAGCGAUACUCCAGAUGUAUACACUGAAUUCAGAAAAAAGGUAGAAGGGUUAGGAAUAGGUUUGAAUGAGAUGCUUAUCAAGCCCCUCGAUACGGCUGAGGUAAAAGAUGGACAAGUAAAGUACAAUGGUCGGAUCAAACCUUUUCCCCAGAUUGAUAUUGAUAAGUUAAAUUUAAAAGACGGUCAAGGUGGAUUUAUCUCUUCUGACGAAACGAUUAACUCUGUAUAUUCCAAAUUGGUUAAACCGUUAUUUGAUAAUCCACCUAUAGGAGGAUGGUCCUCUUCAUCAUCAGACUCAAGGGAUACGUUACCAGACUUACAUCCUAAAUCAGCAAUACCAUUUAAAGGAACUGAAUUAGCUGCAUUAGAAAGAGUAGACGAUUAUAUUGGUAUAUCGUCCAAAGAGCAAGUUGGAUGGAAAGGAGGUAUGAAAGCUAAGCAUUAUAAAGAGACUAGAAAUGGUUUGUUAGGAGAAGGGUUCAGUACCAAGUUUUCUACCUGGUUAAGUCUCGGUGUUCUUUCGCCUAAGGUGGUUGGAUGGAGAGUGGGCGAGUUGUUAGAGGCUCAAGGGAGAGAUAAGGAAGUCUGGAAGAAUGUCUAUUGGAUCCUAUUCGAACUUCUCUGGAGAGAUUAUUUCCAAUACACCCUCAACCCCAACUCAUCAUUAUUCAACCCUGAUGGAUUCUCUUCCCAGAUAUCAACAUACCCUCAUGACCUCCGGCCGAACCCUUCCGAGUGGCACCAAGCGAAUUUGGACGAUCCAGAAGAUAAAGCUCGAAGAUGGUGUGAGGGAAGGACGGGAGUGCCGUUCAUAGAUGCCAAUAUGAGAGAGUUAGCGGAGACCGGUUGGAUGAGUAAUAGAGGUAGACAGAAUGUGGCUAGUUUCUUGACUAAGGAUUUGUAUUGCGAUUGGAGGAUUGGCGCCGAAUUUUUCGAGAUGCAUCUAAUAGAUUACGAUACAUGUUCGAACUGGGGGAACUGGCAAUACCAAGCUGGAGUAGGAAAUGAUCCUCGAUCAUCUAGACAAUUUAACCCUAUCAAGCAGGCCAACGAUUAUGAUGGCGAUAAUGGAUUUGUGAGAACAUGGAUAACAGCGUUGGAAGGUGUGGGAGAUGAAUAUGUACAGACACCAUGGUUGAUCAACGAUAAAUCGAAAUUGAGAAAUUACCCUUCCGAACCAAUAGUCGAACUACCUUCUUGGAAGAAACAUUAUCCGAAUCAACCAUCUACAAGGAAUAGGGGAAAAGCAAAAGGGAAUGGCAAAGGUCCUAGAGGUGGAAAGAAGGGUGCGGAAUAG